UUGCGUGCAGAUUGUAUCAUAUUGCUCUGUUUUUUGAGAAACAAAAACGAUGGAGACGACGAAGAUUGCUUCAUUUGAUCGUGCAAGUGAGCUCAAAGCUUUCGACGACACGAAAACGGGUGUGAAAGGACUCGUCGACGCCGGAGUUUCAAAGGUUCCACGCAUCUUCCAUAUCCCAUCUGCCAAAUUAUCAAACCCUAAACCACUUCCCUCGGACUUGCUACAUCUUAAGACGAUCCCAACGAUCGAUCUCGGAGGACGGGUAUUCGAGGACGUGAUCAAGCGCAAGAACGCGGUUGAAGGGAUUAAAGAAGCAGCAGCCAAGUGGGGUUUCUUCCAAGUGAUUAACCAUGGAGUUUCUCUUGAUCUUCUUGAGAAGAUGAAAGACGGAGUUCGUGACUUUCACGAGCAGUCCCCUGAAGUGAGGAAAGAUUUCUACACUCGCGAUUUCAGCAGAAGGUUUCUGUAUUUAAGUAAUUUCGAUCUCUUCAGUGCUCCAGCUGCAAAUUGGAGAGACUCUUUCUCUUGCACCAUGGCUCCAAAUCCUCCGGAACCACAUGAUCUGCCAGAGAUUUGCAGGGGUGUUAUGAUGGAAUACUCAAAGCAAGUGAUGGAUUUGGGUGAAUUUCUCUAUGAGCUUUUGUCAGAAGCUCUAGGGUUGAACAGUAGUCACCUCAAGGACAUGGAAUGCUUAAAGGGUUUGCGUAUGCUUUGCCAUUACUACCCACCGUGUCCAGAGCCUGACCUAACUUUAGGCACAAGUCAGCACGCCGACAACUCUUUCCUUACCAUCCUUCUUCCAGAUCAGAUCGAAGGGCUUCAGGUUCGUCGCGAAGGGUACUGGUUCGAUGUUCCUCAUGUUCCCGGCGCUCUCAUCAUCAACAUCGGAGAUCUUUUACAGCUUAUAACAAACGACAAAUUCAUCAGUUUGGAGCAUAGAGUAUUGGCGAACAGAUCCCCAAGAGCUCGAGUCUCUGUGGCAUGUUUCUUUACCACCGGCGUGAGACCGAACCCUAGACUGUACGGACCAAUUAGAGAGCUUGUGUCUGAAGCAAACCCUCCAAAGUACAGAGAGACCACCGUUAGAGAAUACACUACUUACUUCAAUGCCAAAGGACUUGACGGAACCUCUGCUUUGCUCCACUAUAAAAUAUGAUUAUAUGAAUAUGGUGAGCUACUACGUUUUUGAUAUACCCUAUGGGCUGAUCGGCAGGGGAAACGCACCGAAGUACUAUUUUAUCACACAUAUACAUUAUACAACAUGAAAAAUUAUAUGUAACAUGUUGGAUAUGUGAGAACCAUAUUUGGAAUUUUAUGUCGUUAUAUAUUAUCAUUUCCGUUUGGCCCAAAUAAGAUGUUAUCUGCUAUAGUUAAAAGAUUGAAUUUCAAUAUUGAAUGAUGAAGAUGUUGAAUAGUUUGGAUGACAUUUGUAAUUUCUGAUGAGUUGAAUCAGAAGACAAUAUAUAAGGUUUGGUUGA